GCAGUAUCCCCGGGCACUACCGGGUCUUUGGCACGCAAAGGCUCCCCUAGGAAGCCCAAGCAAUCCGGUCACGCUCUAUGGGUGGGGAAUCUACCUUCCGGGGCGAGCAUCACUGAUCUCAAGGAAUUCUUUGCGCGGGAGACGAAGGAACAUGUGGAGAGUGUCUUCCUCAUAUCAAAGAGCAACUGCGCCUUUGUCAAUUACAGAACGGAGGCAGCCUGUAUGGCGGCCUUAUCGAGGAUCCAUGACUCCAAAUUCCAGGGCGCUCGCCUUGUCUGUCGACCGCGCCGGGGCGAUGGCUCCCCGACCGCUCGUUCCAGUGCCACAAACGGCUUGGUCCGCUCACCCUCUACGAAAGAUCAAGCUGUGGACGACAUCGGUCGGGUGAGGGCCGGGGGUGAUGGCUCCGAGUCUGAGCGAGUGGCUCACAGGUACUUCAUCGUGAAGAGCCUGACGGUGGACGACCUCGAAGCUAGCCGUCACAGUGGCAUCUGGGCGACGCAGGUACAGAAUGAAGGUGUUCUGAACCAAGCUUUUCAGACCGCAGACAACGUCUAUCUGAUUUUCUCGGCCAACAAGUCAGGCGAAUACUACGGAUACGCGCGGAUGAUGUCGCCGAUCCAGGAGAACGGCGAUCCGACCCUCCAGGUGCCGUUCCGACCGCGACAGAGUGUACCGGGGUCAGAGGUGCUGAACCAGACCGCCACACCGGCAACGACCUUCGCCCCAUCCGGGCGGAUCAUCCGAGACCUAGGCCGGGGAACGGUCUUUUGGGAAGCUGACUCGUCCGAGGGCGAGCCGGAGGAAGAAGAAGAGCGAAAGGAAGCAGGGGUCGACGACGCUGCCGACGACGAAUCGCCAGGGCCGGAGGGCGUCGAGGUCCAGUCCAUUGGGAGACCGUUCCGGAUUCAGUGGCUCUCCGCCGAACGAGUGCCUUUCCAUCGCACGCGGGGGUUGCGGAACCCUUGGAAUGGGAAUCGGGAUGUGAAGGUCGCUCGAGAUGGGACUGAGAUUGAGUCGACUGUUGGGGAGAGACUUCUUGGACUGUUUCACUCUGUUUUGCCUAAUUGA